AUGAGGUAUUGGGAAGAGUACAAUGAUUUAGAGGAAAACGUUUGCAGUGAGCAGAUGGCUGUUAUGUCCUUCAAACAUGGUCUGCGCCCGGAAAGUAAGUUGAGACAGUCACUUACCAAGCGCCCGGCCAUAGCACUGAAGAAUUUGUGUGCCAGGAUUGAGCAAAAGCUCAGUCUCUCUGAGCAGCACCUCACCCCAGCUGUAGCUCUCUUAGUUGGCUUCAAUUCACAACCAGAGUGGCCACUUGGCAGAAUAGUGUUGCCGGUUGUGGCAGAAACGAAAACCCUCCAGAUAGAGUUUUUAGUUUUUAACAGACCUUCUCCUUACAACGCCAUACUCGCCCGACCAUGGAUUCACCAAAUGGAGGCGGUCCCUUCAACCUACCACCAGGUCAUCCGUUUUCCAACAGAACAUGGAGUAGAGCAGAUUUCAAGGGAUCAGGUUGCGUCCAAACAUUGCUUCAUGGCGGCAAUGAAGGCUAAACAACUUUGCAACCGGGUACAGAUAGUGGAAGUGGCCGAACAGCUAGUCUUAGAAAAUGUAGGAGAAACCCCAGAAGAAAAGAUGGUAGAGGAUUUGGAGAAAGUCUUGGUAAAAGAGGAUGAUCCAGAAAAGCACUUCUUUAUCGGUACCUCGCUAGGCACUGAUAAGAAACUUCAGCUACUUGAAUUGCUGAGGGAAAAUAUGGAGGUAUUCGCAUGGUCAGCAUAUGAUACUCUACGGUUGAAUCCAGAAUUUUCUUGCCACAAACUCAACAUCAAUCCCUCUGCUCGGCCUGUUGUGCAGAAAAGUCAGAGAUCCUCAGUUGAGCACACUGAAGCGGUAAUUGCCGAAGUCGAAAAGCUCCUAGCAUCAGGAGCAAUUAGAGAAGUUCAAUACCCACAAUGGCUGUCCAACAUAGUUAUAGUAAAAAAGAAGAACGGAAAAUGGAGAGUCUGUGUUGAUUUCACCUGCCUGAAUAGAGCUUGUCCCAAGGAUAGUUUUCCUCUACCUUGCAUCGAUCAACCAGUGGAUUCAACAGCAAGCCAUGAGCAUAUGAGCUUUCUGGAUGCUUAUAGCGGUUAUCACUAG